GUACCUCCCAACAGAUUCGACGCCGCACGUCAUACACCGCCGUAGGGGACAAGCCAGCAAAAGCAAGGAUCCCGCCAAGGCAACGCGGCAUUGCACUAUCCAUCAUCAACCACCUUGGCUGGCACACUGAGCCGCAAGGGGGGACAUUCACAAACUGUACAUAACCAAGGACGUGGGCCAACCACCUUCCCUCUUGCACAUGGCGUCCCCUAACAGCAACAUCCCCACGCCGGUGCCAUUCCCACAGCCCCCAGGUAUCGCCAACCAGGAUACGUCCAACGCUGGCCCAGAGUCACCUACCACCAAUGGCCGCGACCGAUCCUCAACAAAUGCCUCGACCGUCUCGAGUAGACUGCGAAGCGCCACUGGCAAGCUAAUGGAAGCAAACCCUCCACCAGGCAUGUGGGCAGCAACUGGUACCACUGCAGCCAGGGCACCCUCUCUUUCGGACAUCAGGACAGGCUCCUUUGGUUCCGACGGCUGGAAUGAACAUGCGCAACGCAGUAGAGCAGGGUCCCGAGCUAGUCGGCGUGCAUCGGCAUCGCGGACAUCUACGACUGCAACAGCAACAUCGGAGCAGCCAGAGCCCUCGCACACCGCGACACACAAGAGUUCGUCGAACAAUGUGUUGGGCACCCAAUCUUUUCCAGCUUUGGUCGAAGAAGACACACAUCAAGUAGUGGAACAGGACGCUCAACCGAACACUGUACCUGGCGUACCGUCAAAACACAGUUCCGACACAGCAGCUGAGUACGUUGAUGGCGGCCAGCCACAACAGCCCAAGAGAACGUCUUCAGGUCGGUAUGCAAAUGGUUACAUUCCGCCACCGAAGCUCCCAUGGAAACAAACCCUUAGCAUUAGUCUCAAGAGCUUCUGGAAAUGGUUCCUCACCCCUGCAGGCUUCCUCAUCACACUGUACUGUCUCAAUGUUGUUGCAUGGGGUGGCAUGUUGUUCCUCCUUCUCUGCAACGCCGCACCGGCCAUGUGCAAGCCUACCUGUGACGAUAUCAAUUCACCACGGCGCGUCUGGAUUGAGAUUGAUUCGCAGAUCCUCAAUGCCCUCUUCUGCGUUACAGGUUUUGGUCUGGCUCCAUGGCGUUUCCGCGACCUGUACUGGUGGGCUUGGUGGAGGAUUGGUGGAUCAAAGCGCACUGAGACUGGCAUUCGACGACUAGCCGGCAUACAUCGAGGGUGGUUCAGACUUCCUGGCUCGGAUCAGUUACCAGAUGAUGCCGAUGCAACUUGCGUCGACCCUCAGAACCCUGCUGUACCCAUCCCCCUCAAGGCAAUCCCAGACCCACCCCCGACAGCAAUGCGCGCCCCGCCGACCAAGAGCUGGACCAUGGACGUUGUUGUCUGGUUCAAUGUUUGGAACACAUUCUUUCAGGUAUGCCUGUGCUUCUACAUGUGGCACUAUGACCGUAUACAGAGGCCGUCAUGGGCCACGGGACUGUUUGUCGCACUAGCCUGUGGCGUGUCUGGUGCUGCUGGCUACAUCAUGUGGCAGGAGGGCAACAAGGUUAAGAAAAUUGAGGGUGUGUCCAUGCGUAAGGACUAUGGACCCACAGAUGCAGAAGCAUCUUUGAGCGCACCAUUGGUUAGAACAGGUGUGGCGACGAAAUCCUGAUAUUAAUGCCGAGCUUUCUGCGUGGCGCAAGCAGCGUGGAUGAGGCUGCUCAUUGGGAGCGGAAACCUGCACUGUGUUCUUGGCGUGCAGCACAGCCCGCGGCUCGCCUCGUCUGGUAAAACCAAGUCAUCUCAAAAGGCAUUCAUAGUGUGCAGACACUGUAAUUAUCAAUACCAGCACAUAGUCGCCUAUCUACAGAAAAGCUUUUUGA